CUCUUUUUUAAAUAGAAGAUAUUAACAUUCAGAUAAUUGCUGUGUUAUAUAUCAUUUAAUGGCUACAAAUAAGAGAGAACUUCCUCCUAAGGAGGCCCAAGCUUUUAGAAACCUUUUAAAAAACUAUGAGCUUCGUCAGUAUAAAAAAGGCUUAAAAUUAGCUGAUAGUAUUCUUAAAAAAUACCCUGAUCAUGGUGAAACUCUUGCAUUGAAGGGUUUAUUCUUAAAUAAUCUCGAAAAGAAGGAGGAAGGUUAUGAAUACGUCAAAAAAGGUCUCUUAAAAGACUUGACUUCUCACAUCUGCUGGCAUGUUUAUGGUCUUUUAUACCGUGCAGAUAAAAAUUAUGAAGAAGCUGCCAAAUGUUAUGCUAAUGCUUUGAAAUUUAACAAGAAUGACAUGAAUAUUCUUCGAGAUUAUGCUAUUCUUCAAACUCAACUUCGUCAUUAUGAUGCUUUAGUUGAUACUCGUACUAAACUUUUAGAGCUUAAGCCUCAAAAUCCUCCUUUCUGGCUUGGUUUGGCUAUUGCCUAUCAACUUGUCAAUGAACCUUUAAAGGCUGUCAAAGUUUUAGACAUGCAUGCUGAAUCGAAUGCUCCUGCUGCUUCUACUGAUUUUGAGAAAUCUGAAUUACACAUGUAUUAUAACAUGUUAUUAGAAGAAUCUAAAGAUUAUCAAAAGGCGUUAGAUCAUUUAUUAGAAAUCGAGUCUCAAGUGACUGAUAAAAGAACCUGGAAAGAAAAACAUGCACUAUAUUUGGUCAAGUUAGGAAGAAAGGAGGAAGGAGAAAAGGCUUAUAGACUUUUAAUCGAUGAAAAUCCACACAACAUUGAUUAUAUUAAUGAGUUCUUGAAACUUAAGGAAGCAAGCGAUAUUCACACUAUUCUUACUGACCUCUUUACGCAAUAUCCUCGCUCUAAGGCUCUUGAACAUUUAAUUCUUCAACAUGCAGAGGGUGAAUCUUUCAAGAUCAAAGCAGAAGCAUCUCUUCAAAAUGGCUUGAGAAAGGGUAUCCCUUCUUUAUUUGCUUCCAUGAAGAAAUAUUAUAAUAUUCCCGAAAAGAAGAGUAUUAUUGAAGAGCUCAUGAAUGGAUAUUGUGAUUCAUUAGAGAAGAAUGGUACAUUUAAUGUUGAUGGUGCUAAAGAACCUCCUACAGCUUUAUUAUGGACUUUAUACUAUCUCGCUAAACAAUAUGAUUUUGAAAACCAAAAUGAAAAGGCAAUGGAAUACAUUAAUAAGGCAAUUGCUCAUACUCCUACCAUUGUUGAACUCUAUAUGACAAAAGGAAGAAUUUUGAAACAUGCAGGUAAGAUUGAGGAAGCGGCUGAGAUUAUGAACCAAGCUCGUGAAAUGGAUCUUCAAGAUCGUUUCAUUAACUCUAAAUGUGCCAAGUAUAUGCUACGUGCUGGUAAGAUUGAAGAAGCAGAGCGUAUUUUGAGCUUGUUUACUCGUAAGGAUGUCACGGCUCUUCAAGAUUUAACAGAUAUGCAAUGUCAAUGGUUUAUGGUAGAAGAAGGUUACGCAUAUCUUCGUAAGAAAGAAUAUGGUAAAGCCCUGAAGCGUUUCCAUACCCUUAACAAAUUUUAUUCCGAUUAUUUCGAUGAUCAAUUUGAUUUCCAUAGCUAUUGUCUUCGUAAAUUAACUCUUCGUGCUUAUGUCAAUACUUUACGUUGGGAAGAUAAGCUGAAGGCACAUCCUUUCUAUCUUAAAGCGGCUAAGGGAGCAGUUGAAGCUUAUUUAGCUAUUGCUGAGAAGCCUAAAGAGACAGAUGAAAUUGAUGAAGCCAACAUGACAGAAGCAGAAAAGAAGAAGGCAAGAAACAAGGCACGUAAGGCGGCUUUGAAGGCACAACAAGAUUUAGAAGCUAAAAAGGCUCAGGCAAAGGAAGAAGCUCUUAAACAUAAACAUGACAAAAAACCUAUCGAUAGUGACCCUGAAGGAGAAAGUUAUUUAAAUACAGAAAAGCCUUUAGAUGAUGCACUUCAAUUUGUCAAACCAUUAGAAUUAUUGGCAUCUCAAAAUAUCGAAGUCCAUUCUAUCGGUUUUGAAAUAUACAUGAGACAACAAAAGUAUCUGUUAGCUUUGAAGGCUUUAUCCAAGAUUGCUAAGAUUGAUAAAAACUCUACUUGUUUCAAAUCCAAUUUAGAUAAGUUUAAGACAGUUACUAAUGCUUGUGUAGAUUUGGAUGAAAAGAUUAAGCAAUGUAUUGAACUUCAACUUGCAGAAAUUGAUAAAGCUUAAUCAUAGUAUGAUUUUAUUUUAAUAAAUAGAAACCAUUUAAUUUCUUAUUUCAUUAAGAAAAAAAAAUU